AUGUCUGCCAUUUUCAACUUUCAGAGCCUACCGACAGCAGUAGUGCUGCUUAUAUGUACCUGUCCAUAUAUCCAAUUCUUGGCUCUUAGCCUCUUGGUCAAAAAUAAAACUGUACUGUUGGCUAUAUUUUGGAAAUGUGCCAGAAUUUGUGAAAGAGAGUCCCUAUGGGGGCAGCUAGAUGUAGCAGUAUGCUAUAUAGCAAUGGCUUUCAGCAUCGUGUUCCUCCAGUAG